AUGGCAACCAUCCGUCCCGCUGGCACCAACGCUCUCAAAGUCCCUCAUAUAAUGUGUAUUUCACCCGAGCAGAGGAAGAAUGGGAAGGUUGUCCAAUAUGCACUAGUUGAGAAGCUGGAUGAGAAGAAUCCGGGCGGGACUAGAAUCAGGAUCGAGACAGUCAAACUGCAGGUGGGAAGUGAGGUUGCGAGGAAACCAAUCGACAUGACACACCACCGCCAAAGCAAAAGAUGCCGGAGCGAUGAGGUCAACUCAAAGGUCAAGGAGAGCCCUACGGUUAGAAUUCUUGACUGUGACGACUGUCGAAACGUGGAUGACCUGCGCGUAUCUUCUUGA